AUGAGCCAACCACCACCACAACAACCAGGAGCAUACCCACCACAACAAGGAGGUUAUCCACCACAACAACCAGGUGCCUAUCCACCACAACAAGGAGGUUACCCACCACAACAACAAGGUGCAUACCCACCACAACAAGGAGGUUAUCCACCACAACAAGGUGCUCCAGGUGCUUAUCCACCACAACAAGGGUACCCACCACAACAAGGAUACCCACCACAACAAGGUUAUCCACCCCAACAAGGUUACCCACCACAACAAGGUGCUCCAGGUGCCUAUCCACCACAACAAGGUGCAUACCCACCACAACAAGGAGGUUAUCCACCCCAACAAGGUGCUCCAGGUGCCUACCCACCACAACAAGGGUACCCACCACAACAAGGUUAUCCACCCCAACAAGGAUACCCACCACAACAAGGUUAUCCACCACAACAAGGAUACCCACCACAACAAGGUGCCUACCCAGGUGCUCCAGGUGCCUACCCACCACAAGCAGGUGCUUACCCAGGUGCCGCUGCUGCCGUUCCAGGAGCCUACCCAGGUGCUGUUGCUGCUGUUCCAGGAGCCUAUCCAGGUGCCGUUGCUCCCGUUCCAGGUGUUGUUGGAGUUGCACCAGCUGUCGCUGUUGGUAUCCCAUCUGCCACUCUCUUUGCCUUUUUCCAACCAAUGGCCAUCCUCCACGAUAUUGCACGUGAUGCCGAACAUUUGAGAAAGGCUAUGAAGGGUAUUGGUACAGAUGAAAGAACCUUGAUUGAUAUUCUUGGUAACCGUAACUGGGAAGAAAGAGCUGCCAUUGUCAUCAAGUUCCAACAAAUGUAUGGCAAAGACUUGGUCAAGGAAAUCAAAUCGGAAACAUCUGGUAACUUUGAAAAGGCUUUGGUUGACUUGUGUACCGAACCAUCAAUCUAUGAUACUGAAACCCUCCAUGAAGCUAUGGCUGGUGCUGGUACCAAUGAAAAUGUAUUGAUUGAAAUCUUGGUAACUAGAAACAAUGCUCAAAAGCAAAGAAUCAUUAGUUUGUAUCAUACUUUACACAAGAGAUCAUUGGAAAGCAGAAUCGGAUCAGAGGUCAGUGGUGACUUUAAACGUUUAUUGGAACACUUGUUAAAGCCAAGAGAUGAAUCAUUUGUCAUUGAUCCAAUCCAAGCUCGUAAGGAUGCUGAUGACCUUUACUAUGCUGGUGAAGGUAAAAUUGGUACUGAUGAAAAGGUAUUUAUUAAUAUUUUGACAUCAAGAAACUUUUACCAAAUCCGUGAAAUUGCUCGUAUCUAUCCAACUCUUCACAAGCAUCAUUCUUUGGAAAAGGCCAUCGAGAGUGAAUUCUCUGGUAGCAUCAAGACUGGUUUGUUGGCCAUCGUUGCCUUUGCUCAAAACUCGUUUGCCUACUUUGCUGCCAUCCUCAACAAGGCUAUGGCCGGUAUGGGUACCAACGACAACAAGCUCAUCCGUACCAUCAUCUACUGUAUUCCAUUCAUGGCCGGUGUCAAGACUGCUUACCAAUCAUGUUUUGGAAAGAGUCUCCAUCACCAUAUUUCAAAUGAUUGUAGUGGUGACUAUGGUAAAUUACUCAAGGAAAUCGUCAAAUAA